ACAUUACAGUCCUUAGUUCCCCAUCACCUCUAGGACAAAGCCUGAGCCCUUGCCCCCAGAGUACGAGGCCCUUUGUAAAUGGUUCCUGGCCACGGCUUCAUCCCUUCUCCCACCACUCCCCAUCCUGGACCCUUCGUGGUUACUUUACUGAGCUCCUCCUCGUACUUGCCUGAAUUGACUUGAACAUUCUCGCCUCCCUCUUCUGCAUAAAUUAUUUCCUGCAAGAAUUGCAGGAAAUUCCCACGCCUUCCCAAAGGUGCCUUCCUUCCAGGAAACCCUUCUCCCUGGUUGAGUUAGGGUUCCUUCCUCUCUAUUCCUUCAGUGCCCUGGUCACAACUCUCUGACCGUUGGCUAAUUUGUGUAUCUACCUGCCCAAAUAGUGAGCUAGUUGAGAGCAGAAACGUGUGCUGUUUGUUUUUGUCUUCCCGGUGUCCUCAGUAAAAUGUCUGGUGAAGAGCAGAGAUAAUAACACUUCAUGAAGAAACACACCGGUGAGCGGUACUUCUCUUCCUCGUCUGAACGUAAUAUCGAUUGUAUUUUGACCCAGGCUCCCACAACCCUCUCCUGACACUUGGCCAACAUGAAUUUUAGUAAAUGCCUCUAUAAUAUUGGAGAACAGCUGGACAGUGACGAGCUGGCCUCCCUCAAAUUCCUGAGCAUGGACUACAUCCCCCAGAAGAAGCAGGAGCCCAUCAAGGAUCCCCUGAUGUUAUUCCAGAGACUCCAGGAAAAGAGACUGUUGGAGGAAAACAACCUGUCCUUCUUGAAGGAGCUGCUUUUUCGGAUCAACAGACUGGACCUGCUGGUCACCUACCUGGACACCAGCAAGCAGGAGAUGGAGCAAGAGCUUCGGAUCCCAGGCAGAGCCCAGAUCUCUGCUUACAGGUUGCACUCCUUCUGUCCUGUAAGCAAGGCUAAAGCAAAUUGUCAAUGCCAGACAAUGACCUGUACCUCUCUUGAUAGGACAAAAUACCUUGUAAUAAAGGUCAUGCUUUUUCAGAUUUCAGAAGAUGUAAGCAAAUUGGAAUUGAAGUCCUUUAAGUUUCUUUUGAGCCAGGAGAUCUCUAGAUGUAAACUGCACGAUGAUUUGAACUUGUUUGAUAUUUUCAUAGAGAUGGAGAAGAGGGUCAUCCUCGGGGAAAGAAAUUUGGACACCCUGAAAAGAAUCUGUGACCAAAUAAACAGGAGCCUGCUGAAGAAAAUCACAGAUUACGAAGAAUUAAGCCAAGGGGAGAAAUCCCUGAGGGUACCGCCAAUGUCGGACUCUCCAAGAGAACAGAACUGUGAAUCAGAGACAUCGGAAAAAGUUUACCAAAUGGAAAGCAAACCUCGAGGAUAUUGUUUGAUCUUUAACAAUUAUGACUUUAGCAUAGCACGGAAGCAAGUGCCCAAACUUCACAGCAUUAAGGAUAGGAAUGGAACAGACUUGGAUGCAGAUGCUUUGUGUCAGACCUUUAGUGAGCUUCAUUUUGAGAUUGUGCCUUUCAGAGACUCUACAGCUAAGAAAAUCUGUGACGUUCUCAAAUCCUACCAAAGCAUGGACCACACUACCAGGGACUGCUUCAUCUGCUGCAUCCUCUCCCAUGGAGACAAGGGCAUCAUCUAUGGCUGUGAUGGACAGGAAGUCCCCAUCUAUGAGUUGACCUCUUACUUCACUGGUUCUAAGUGCCCUUCCCUUGCAGGCAAGCCCAAAAUCUUUUUUAUCCAGGCUUGUCAAGGGGAUAACUACCAGAAAGGGAUAGCUGUUGAGACCGACUCUGAACAGAAUGAAGCCUGUUAUGAAUUGGACUCCUGUCAGAAGAGAUAUAUCCCAGACGAUGCUGACUUUCUGCUGGGGAUGGCCACUGUGAAUAAUUGUGUUUCCUACCGAAACCCCAUGGAGGGAACAUGGUAUAUCCAGACGCUUUGCCAGAGCCUGAGAAAAAGAUGUCCUAGGGGAGAAGAUAUUCUCACCAUCCUUACUGAAGUGAAUUUUGAAGUGAGCAAUAAGGAUGACAGGAGAAACAUGGGCAAACAAAUGCCACAACUGACCUUCACACUGAGGAAAAAACUCAUUUUCCCUUGUGACUGAUACUUUAACUGCAUAACACUAUGCUUAAUUUAAUUUUGAUUAAAGUGCUGCUAUGCUUUUC